UGCUUGACAGCUCGGUGUUUUGAAAAGAAAAUUUUCAUCUUUGGUCGUGGAGAACUGAUCUUUCUAUCUUUCGUUGUGCGAUUUCUAUUCGGUAGAUCGCACAGAAAGUGAAGCUCGUCCAGGGGCUCCGCCAUGGUUGUCACGAAGGAUACUUACCUUCCAUCGGAGGAAGAAAUUACCGUGCCGGAGAUUAACCUUUCCGGGCCAGCUCUUCGCGCCGGUGCUUUCCAUUUGGGCAAGUACUGUGAAGCCCAGAAUAAUGAAUUUAUGCUAUGUCGCCAAGAGCUGGACGACCCAAGGGCUUGCAUCAAUGAAGGUAAAGCAGUAACCAAUUGUGCGUUCGAGUUCUUCCGCAAAUUGAAGAAGACGUGUGCCCAGGAGUUCACGCAGUACGCCAACUGCCUGGACAAGAGCAGUGGUGAUUUGGAAUUCAAGCAUUGCCGCAAAACGCAGGGUGUUUACGAUAAGUGCGUCUUGGAUAAUCUUCAACUAGAACGUCCCGACUAUGGAUAUUUCUGUCGUGCAAAAGUUCACGCCACCGAGCGACCACCACCACCGAAGAAGGAGAAGGUUGUAUACCCGGAUGCUACUCCCGGCCUGCCGGAAGAUUAUCCCCGGGAGCCAGCAAAGUACGGCUCUCGCUUCCACUGGCUGAAUUAGGCGCUUGCAACAUUGUUCAAAGGGGUUGAGAGUGUCAUAUGCAAGACCGGGAGCGUGAAAUCGUAUCGUGUGUAGAUAUGCAUUGAUAUCUGUUAGUGAUUUGAAUAAUACUGUCAGAGGAUCAUGUUCAACGUAAAGAGGGUUUGUUUAGCUUCAGUAAAUCUUUAAAAACGAUUUCAUUCA